AUGGUCAUCAUACAGAGAUGGAAACCAAUAAUAUCACCACUCUUCCCAUCCCAGAUCCCGUUCUGGAUCCGUCUCAGGGGCCUUCCGCUACACUACUGGAAAGAGGAGCUACUACGCAACAUAGGCAAAGAACUAGGAAGCCUAAUAGACCACGAAGUAUCGAAGGAGGAGGCGAAGAUUCACGUCUCCAUCAAUGCCCUCGAACCGCUGGUCAAAGAAACUAUCAUAGAGUUUGCAUAUGGAGAGGAAGCACUGGUAACCCUAGAGUACGAAAGACUAGGGUUUCACUGCUCCAUCUGCAAGAAACUGUCACAUAUCUCAAGAGAUUGUAAGGAGAUAAGCGAAUCCAAGGAGAUUGCAAUACAAAACGAGAAAUACCGCGAACGUGAGGCAACUGGCGGCAGACCCGAAAGGAGAGAAGAAGGAACAAGAGGCGACAGAGGCAGGGCUCAUGACUUCAGUCAAAGAAAAGACAGAUAUGGUCAAACCUACGGUGAAAGAGGUCAUUACAGCAACUAUGGCAGAAAAAGACCUAGAGAUAUGUCUGUUGAAUCAAGCACUCACCGAAACGCGUGGACAAACAGAGAGACACGAGCGAAUGAACGCCACCACCAAUACUGGGAGCGAGAAAGCUCCAACGGAGGUGAAAGAAGAGACAUGCGAGACUAUCUGAGAAGGAAAAACACGGGAUAUGAAAGAAACAGUCAGGACGGGCUCCAAUGGAGGGAAAAAACACGAGAAAGAGAGACGAGACAAGGCUCUAUACCGACAAGAGAGGGAAACUCUGAUUUCCAGACGCCUCCGAGACAAGUAACACCCCAACAGCUCCCGGGAGUCCCAAAAACGGGAGCAGUAAUGGAGGAACUGAGGGAAGUCACCAUCCAGUAUGUCAACGUGUCUGACCCUGUGGAGAGCGCUGCAAGUCAGCAAAGAGUAAACCAAUCAGAAGAAAUGGGCCUCAUGGAAACAACAGCGGCAAACAUAGUUGCAGCAGCGACGGAAUCAUAUUACCGAGCUUUAAACUUUAGCCAAGAGGAGCAAAACCCAGCACAAGGAGAAAGUGUUGAAAUUGGGGAGGAAGUUCCUGAUACGGAACAAGUUCAGAAGAAAAGAAGAGGCAGACCACCUAAAAAUAAGAGAAACAGCCCUAUGGUGGGAACAAGUCUAAGAAUAAGAAGAUUCACGCAGAUCCAGAAUUCACCUCAUCCACGACCCAAGCAGGCUAGAGCAACUGCAUCCAACACGGCAGGACCAUCUCGCAGGACACAUCAGACCAAAGGGAGAAUGCAGAGAGAGCAAGCAGACAACAACCAGUGGGCACGAUCAUACCGGCUCUGA